UGUGUUAUUAUUCCCAUCGCGUUUAUCUUUCUGAUUGUGUUGAAUCAUCAAUUAAGUAUAGUGUCAAGGACAUCAAUGCAAUUUUGUAUGCGUUUUUCGUUUCAGUUGCUAUGGAGGAAAAACGUAUAGCCGAUUACUUUGUUGUGGCCGGUAUGCCAGAUAAACCUCAGCUACUCCAGGAAAGCAAUUUCAAUGAAUCUGGACAUUUACGUGCGGCCCAUUCAAUUGAACCUAUUACAGACAUAGGGGUGUUCUUUCCUUUGUUGGGCGAAGAAGUUCCCAGUAAUUACGAAGUUCUAAAGAAUACUCCUGCUGGUUUGCCGGCUAAUUUAAAUCACGGUUCCAUACGCGCUACCGAAUGUUACAUUUACUAUCGACGUGGCGGAGAUCACCCACCUUUGGUUGAUAUAGGUGUACUUUAUGAAGGUCACGAACGCAUUAUGUCUGAUGCUGAAAUUGUAUCAGAAACACCAAGUGGACGUGUAGCAAAUGUUAACAAUUCAUCGGCUAAAACUUUCCUAACUUUCAGACGAGCACGUGCUGACAUGCCAUGCAAUGAAUUGGUCGUUACGGAUUUGUGUGUAAUUGUUAGCAGUAAAGGGGAAAGACCACCUCAUGCUUUUUGCCUAAUCUACAAAUCCCUUAACAAAGCGUUUACAGGCAGCGACGUUUAUCUAUGUUAUAAAAAAUCGAUGUACCGUCCAAAACACAUCAGCUAUCAACCAGAAAUUUUGUUACGUUAUCCCACAAUCGAUCAUAAUGAUUUCCCAUUGAAUUUAUGUCCUAGCGUACCCUUAUUCUGCUUACCAAUGGGAGCUUCCCUAGAAGCAUGGCCAAACGUUGAAUGUAGUAAACGUAAGCCAACGGCGCCCGUAUUCAGUACAUUUGUGUUAACUGUUAAUGAUGGUACUUAUAAAGUAUACGGUUCUGCGUUAACAUUCUAUGAGGAUUUCGACGACUCACAACUAACAAGUCAACAACGUGAAUUGUUAGGUUGGAAUGACGAAUUUGCUCAAAAGCACUCGUUGCAUAUUAUAAAAGCAAUUUGCUUACUGUCUCAUUAUCCCUUCGGUGAUACAUUUGACAAGUGGCUUAAAUACUUACACCGUAUGGCAGUAUUUGGUAUGGAUUUAGUCGUUCCAAUUGAACGUUAUAUCACUCAAUUAUUAGAUGAAGUGCCCUUUCCCUCGCCUAGUAUACAUUUGCAGUUAUCUAGCGAGUCAAAUGAUCGCAUAUUGUUGACACAACCUGAGGAUUCACCUUUACCACGAAGCGGUGCAGGUUUUCAUAUGUUAUUACAGAACUUAGGUACCGAGAAUUGUCUACAUGUUUUACUUUUAGCCUUGACGGAACAAAAAAUACUUAUACACUCUUUAAGACCAGCCACCUUAACAGCAGUUGCUGAGGCAAUUGUGUCUUUGUUGUUCCCAUUUAAAUGGCAAUGCCCGUACAUUCCGUUGUGUCCUUUAGGCUUAGCUGAAGUCUUACAUGCACCACUGCCUUACUUAAUUGGUGUCGAUUCGAGGUUUUUUGACCUAUAUGAACCACCCACAGAUGUCACUUGCAUCGAUUUGGACACAAAUACCAUAAGCUUGUGUGAAUCGCAGAAGCAUUUAACUGUAAAGCUGUUGCCGAAACGUGCGUCACGUAUCCUACGACAAACCCUUAAUGAACUCGAAGCAAUGAAACCUCUAAAUUUAGACUCAACAAAUAGUUUAGAUCGCGAUUUAAGGAGACGUAAACGAGAGCAACAUUUGGAGCAACGUAUUCAAGAGGCGUUUCUCUUGUUUAUGGCUUCAAUUUUGCGCGGUUACCGUGAAUAUUUGGUGCCCAUCUCUAAAGCUCCCUCAGUGGGUGCCACUGAUCCCAGUGCCUUAUUUCAAUUAAAAGCAUUUUUACGCUCCAGAGAUAAGGCUUAUCAGAAAUUUUUCGAAUUACUUAUGAAGACUCAAAUGUUUAUACGUUUUAUUGAAGAACGCUCGUUUGUAUCGGAUGGUGACCAUGGUUUAACCUUUUUCGAUGAAUGUGCCGAAAAAGUAGGUUCUUAUGAUGAAACACCCUCUGAUAUACGUUUAGUAGAAUGGGAAUGUGGUCAAAAUAGUGAACGUACGAAAUAUAUUUUCCCACCUGACAGUGUUGUACCCUCCAAAGAAAUUGCCUCUGCCCUAGUUUACAACUAUGUAAACUUCACACUCAAUCCAAAUUUAUUGAAAUCGAAAAAAACUCAGAUAACGCAUAUAAUGCAACAACAAUUGAACGGCACUCAAGCGCCGGGUUCACCAAUAGCUCGUCGGACUAAACACGAAAUUAAAUUAUCACAGAAAUUGGCACGUCGUUGUCAGAUAAAUCCUGAAUUGUGGGCUAAAUACUUACUGGCCACGUGUUAUUCUCUAUAUUUUCUUAUACUCCCGGCCAUGUUACUGGAUACACGCCGCGGCGGUAAAGAACACGAUAUUUUAAGAGCCGCUUACGAUAUGCUAGUAAAGGCUAGUAAGCUAAAGGUUACUUGUGACGAAUUUUGCUAUCGAAUUAUGAUGCAGUUGUGUGGCAAUUACAAUCUACCAGUUUUGGCGGUACGUUUGCAUUAUUUAAUGAAGAGGUCUGGAGUGCAGGCUAAUGCAUUAACUUAUGGUUUUUACAAUCGGUGUGUAUUGGAAUCAGAAUGGCCCAGUGAUAGUACAACCUUAAGCCAACUACGUUGGAAUCGAAUUAAAAAUAUAGUGCUCGGAGCGGCACAUUUUAAACAUGCCGGCCGAUUAAGGGCUUCUCGCAAACCACUGUCAGCAUCUUGUGAGAAUAAUUUAAGUACUCUGGAAACUGUAGAUGGUACAUCACGUACCAGUUUAGAAUCUUCGAAUUCAUCGCAAAUGAAUACUGGUACCGCAGUAACGGGAGGGAGUGAGAGUUAUGGGGUGACUAUAUUAGAUUUUUCCGCUUUCGAUAAGUUACGCUCAAAACUAGGCAGUAUUGUGCGUCAGUCGAUUGGUUCCCAGGAUGCUACUGAUGACGUAAUUAGUAGUGCUGGCUUAUUGAUAUCUGGUGAAGCCUCAUCACCCAUUAAAAAUCCACAACCCUUAACAACAAAUACACAUACACCACCCAGUCCCCAAAGUUCAGCAAUCGAUUUGACUUCUACCACCAAACGCCAGCUAUCGAAUAGAGAAAGUUUUGGCGUGGAUGCAGAACUUUUAAAUAAACUUCAGCGACAUCAAUCACAGAACGAUCCAACUAUCGGAAAAAUAAUCAACAUUAAUAACGUAAAUGAAGAAGGCGACGAUGAUGAUGACAAUGAAAAUAACACAUUUCGUGAAUUGACAAGGUCAAGAGAAGAAAUCGAUGACGAUGACGUUGAUGAUGUAGAGCGUCAAAACGGAUGUGCAUUGGUCUGCCAAAUACGAAGUCCCACUAAAAUAUCACCGCGAACACCCGUAACGCAAAAUGAUCCCCUAGGAGCUUUGGAUGAAACACAAACAUCCACACUUAAAGCGAGCCCUGGCUACAGGGUUCCCAGCAGUAUGUCUACUACAACAAUUACUCAUAACAGCAACAUAUAUAGCGAUAAACCUAUACUGUUUAAAGGCCAACGCAGUGCCACCUUUGAUGAAUCAACUCAACUUAAUAAAAGUAUGCAAAGAUCUGAAACUAUGCCCGGUUCCAGUGUAGCUUCGAGCUUGGCUAAUUUAGGUUCGGCAUUGAAAUUUAAUUUCGGACGUUAUUCACCUGCACGCUUGUCCUUUAAGAAAGACUUGAAAUUACCUACCAAUAUUAUAGAAAAUAUAUCAAACAUAAGCCCUAGUUUAACUGGCAAAAAAUCAAACGAAAUUAUACAAGGAAGUUUAAGUAGCAUUAAGUAUGCUGCUAACUCGAUCACUCGCAAAUUUGAUGAAAUUAAAGUUGCGAUUUCGGCUAAUUCAACGCCCGUAAAGUCGAGUUUAACAACACAAAACUACAUUGACAGCGGCCUAAAUGAAGACGAUAUUAUUGCUCAUGAGGAUGGCACUCUGAAAGUACGUCGAGUGUCUAGCGAUUUAGAUCCAUGGGGCCGUUUAAGUGAAUCGCGUAAAUCAAGCUACAACAACCUAGUGCCCUUAGGAGAAAAUAAUUCUGUAAUGAAUUUAAAUGCAGCACUAUUAUCGUUACCCGAGAAUUUAUAUAAUCAACCGGUUGAUCAUUUAGUGGAUGCAACUACCAACUGUGAUGUUCUCAUACAAAUGACGUCGUGCUCGCAAUGCCACAACUGUUCAGUGUUACUAUAUGAUGAAGAGAUUAUGUCCGGUUGGUCUGCGGAAGAUUCCAAUUUAAAUACGACUUGUCAUGCAUGUAAUAAACUAACGGUACCAUUUCUAAGCGUACACUUUAUGAAUACAAUUGACGGUGAUGACAAUCGGACUAAUGAUUUAACAAUACCAUAUCUGAACCCUUUGGUUUUACGUAAAGAACUCGAAAACAUAUUAAAUCAAGAAGGUGACUUGGCAUUAUUGAAGCCCAACUUCGUCGAAGAACAUCCAAUUAUAUUCUGGAAUUUAUUGUGGAUAAUGGAACGUAUUGAAAGCAAAACCCAUUUACCCGAAUUGUGUUCGCCCUCUUUAACUGACAGUGAAGUAGAUCCUUUGAGUAAGGUGAAACAAGUAAAAAUCCAAUGCUUGUGGGACAACAUGCAAAUGCAUAAUGAGGCCGGAUUACCAUUGUAUAUUUUAUAUCGACAGCCACAAACCACGAGUCCGCUGGUGAAGGCUCUUCUGACAGAUCAAGCCCAGUUCAAUAAAAAUGUUAUACAGCAAAUAGUUACAGCAAUACGGUGCAACGAUUUGUUAACUCCGGUAAGAAAACUGGCAAAUGAACGAUACAAGCUGAAAAUGGGCGGCAUUGAAAGAUCACAUUCACUAUAUCGAGACAUACUGUUUCUGGCCUUAACUGUUAUUGGCCGUUCAAAUGUCGAUUUGGCAACAUUUCACCGGGAAUAUGCAGCAGCUUUUGAUAAGCUUAGCGAAAGAGAAUGCAAUAUGUAUUAUCGCAACCAGGAUUUGCCACCGUCAGCUGCUACUAUUUUAUGUCGUGCCUACUUUAAACCGCUAAUGUUACUUCCCUGA